CUUGCCCUUCCGUGGAGCCGCCGCCGCCGCCGCCGCCGCCGCCAUUUGCACGGGGACCCCAGUGACAGGGGCUCGGCGGAGGGGCGGAGGGAGGGGGGGAGGGCCCGCGGAGCCCCCGAGGGCGGGAGCGACGCCGCCGGCGCCGGCCCGGCUCCCUGCGCGACCGCGCCGCCCGUGGCGGGCCCCGAGCAGCAGCAGCAGCAGCGGCGGCAGCAGCAGCAGCAGCCGAGGCCGGGCGUGCGCCUGAGGCGGCGGCGGCGGCGGCCCUGCAGGCGGCCGGGAGGGGCGGGGGCAGCGGCCGCCGCCGUUUGAUGGAUCCGAGGAUCGCCUGGUUCCAGCCAGAGCAGCUCGGACCGUCCAACAGUCUGUGGAUGCAGAUCUGGGAGACGACCCAGGGGCUGAGGAACCUCUACUUCAACCACCACUGUCACAGCAGCGGCGGCGCGAGCGGCGGCGGCGGCGGCAGCAGCAGCAGCACGGCCACCGGCGGGAGCGGCAGCAGCACCGGCAGCCCCGGCGGCGCGGCCUCGGCCCCGGCCCCGACCCCGGCCGGCAUGUACCGCCCCGGGGAGCGCCUGCUGGGCAGCCACGCGCUGCCCGCGGAGCAGCGGGACUUCCUGCCCCUAGAGACGACCAACAACAACAACAACCACCACCAGCCCGGGGCCUGGGCCCGCCGGGCGGGCUCCUCGGCGUCCUCGUCCCCCUCGGCGUCCUCGUCCCCGCACCCUUCGGCCGCCGUCCCCGCCGCCGAUCCCGCCGACUCGGCCUCAGGCAGCAGCAACAAGAGGAAGCGCGACAACAAGGCCAGCACGUAUGGACUCAACUACAGCCUGCUGCAGCCCAGCGGAGGGCGGGCCGCGGGGGGCGGCCGAGCAGACGGCGGCGGGGUCGUGUACAGCGGUACCCCGUGGAAACGGAGGAACUACAACCAGGGAGUCGUGGGUCUGCAUGAAGAAAUCAGUGAUUUUUAUGAAUACAUGUCUCCAAGACCUGAGGAAGAGAAGAUGCGGAUGGAGGUGGUGAACAGGAUCGAGAGUGUAAUUAAGGAGCUCUGGCCCAGCGCUGACGUCCAGAUAUUUGGAAGUUUUAAAACUGGACUAUAUUUACCUACUAGUGACAUCGACCUAGUGGUGUUUGGGAAGUGGGAGAACCUACCCCUCUGGACUCUGGAAGAAGCUCUUCGGAAACACAAAGUCGCAGAUGAGGAUUCGGUGAAAGUUUUAGACAAAGCAACUGUACCUAUUAUUAAACUAACAGAUUCUUUUACUGAAGUGAAAGUUGAUAUCAGCUUUAAUGUACAGAAUGGCGUGAGAGCAGCUGACCUCAUCAAAGAUUUUACCAAGAAAUAUCCUGUAUUGCCAUACUUGGUUUUAGUAUUGAAACAAUUCCUAUUGCAGAGGGACCUUAAUGAAGUAUUUACAGGUGGAAUUGGUUCUUAUAGUCUCUUUUUAAUGGCAGUCAGUUUCCUUCAGUUACAUCCCAGGGAAGAUGCUUGCAUCCCCAAUACAAACUAUGGUGUUCUCUUAAUAGAAUUUUUUGAAUUAUAUGGACGACACUUCAAUUAUUUAAAGACUGGCAUCCGGAUAAAGGAUGGUGGUUCAUAUGUGGCCAAAGAUGAAGUACAGAAAAAUAUGCUAGAUGGCUACAGGCCAUCAAUGCUUUAUAUCGAAGAUCCUUUACAACCAGGUAAUGAUGUUGGAAGGAGUUCAUAUGGGGCCAUGCAAGUGAAGCAGGCCUUUGAUUAUGCCUACGUUGUUUUGAGUCAUGCUGUAUCACCAAUAGCAAAGUACUAUCCCAACAAUGAAACAGAAAGCAUACUAGGUAGAAUAAUUAGAGUAACAGAUGAAGUCGCCACAUACAGAGAUUGGAUAUCAAAGCAGUGGGGCUUGAAGAAUAGACCUGAGCCUUCAUGCAAUGGAAAUGGUGUUACCUUGAUAGUAGAUACUCAGCAGUUAGAUAAAUGUAAUAAUAAUCUAUCUGAAGAAAAUGAAGCCCUUGGAAAAUGUAGAAGUAAAACCUCGGAAUCUCUUAGUAAACACUCUUCAAACUCUUCAUCAGGUCCAGUGUCGUCCUCUUCUGCCACACAGUCCAGCUCUAGUGAUGUAGAUUCUGAUGCAACACCAUGCAAAACCCCGAAACAGCUGCUUUGCCGUCCGUCCACUGGGAACCGAGUAGGGUCGCAAGAUGUAUCCUUGGAGUCCUCUCAAGCAGUUGGCAAAAUGCAAAGCACCCAAACCACUAACACAUCCAACAGCACCAACAAAUCUCAGCAUGGAUCAGCAAGGCUCUUUCGUUCUUCCAGUAAAGGCUUCCAAGGUACAACUCAAACAAGCCAUGGUUCCUUGAUGACAAACAAACAACAUCAAGGCAAAUCCAAUAAUCAGUAUUACCAUGGCAAAAAGAGGAAACACAAGAGGGAUGCGCCCCUCUCAGACCUCUGUAGAUAGUCGGCGCUGCGCGGUGGACUGUCUUCUCUGUGCAAUGAUCUCAUGCUCAGGACAGUUGCGCAGGGACUCCUGGGAGACAUUCAGGAGCCUCACACUGUUCAGACGUUGAUUUAGCAACUGCGUUUUUUCCCAGCUCGCCACAGAAUGGAUCAUGAAGACUGACAACUGCAAAAAAAAAAAAAGAAAAAAGAAAAAAAAAAAAAAGCAAGCAUAAAAGGGGGAAAAAAAGGCUGCUUAAUUGAUAAGUCAUAUGCUACAACAGGGUCAUUUUAAGAUUUAAAGCUUGAAUGUAAAAUAAAUAUAUUUCUCACUGGCUUUAUGCAGAGUUAUAGGGAAUAGUAUUCAGUGUUGGUAGGGUGAUAGAAACAAAAAACAAUAUCAGAGGAUGGGGUGGGGAAGGAAGACAAAGGUAUCUGAUAGGAAGUCCAGAUUCCAAAGGGGAAAGUGAUCUGUGCAUGUUUUUUUUUUUUGUUUUGUUUUUUUUAAAUAUUUUUGCAUAUAUUUACCAUUUUAUUGUGUGUAUGUAUAGAAGACCAUAUAGGAAAUUGAUAUUUGUAAUAGUGGAUUUGUUAAUAAUACUUUUUACAUAACAUUACUGUUUAAAUUGUAAACAGAUUUUUUCUCAGGAUUAGUUUGAAAAAUAAUCUAAAUUGUCAUCUUAACAUCCAUAUAUAGGGAAGUGAUUAGUUCUAUUACUCAAUUUGUUUUUCUCAGCAUUGAAAUGACUUAAUAGAACCCUUGUGUCCUGCUGCAAAAAUUUUUCCUCUCUAAAGAAAAGGUUUAUGGUGGCAAAUGAUGUUUAUUUUAUUUUGUAAAAAAAAAUGUACUAUGUACUUUUGUGUAAACACUGAAAAAUCUCUGGUCAUCUCUGAGAAUUAACUUGCAACUGUUUUCUAUAGUGCUGUCGUCUUGGGCAAUGGGCAAGUACAUGACUUUGUGUUUGCUGCCUUUGCAGUCUUUCCCCCCCCCCCCCCCCCAUUUCUUCCUAAUAGGAAAAAACAAAAAAACAAAACAAAAAAAAACGGCCACCCAUGUCUGGUCUCAUUCCUGUUGCAGUGAAACUUCGAGUUCCACAGACUUUGCAUGCUGGCUUCUCUAACCCUGUGUGCUGCGUGUGCCUGUUUCUCAUCUCUUAUUCUUUUUAAAAUUCAUGCUUAACUACUGUGGGAGAAUAACUGUAAACAGCUUUAAUUAAAUCAUACUUAUAAAAAACUAUUUUCUUAUAUUCCACUUUAUGCUUUUGGUAUUGUUGAUCUUUCCAAAUUAAAUGGUCUUUGAUAAUGGAUCUAUUUUGUAUUGCCUUAUUAAGACCAAAUACUUCUUGUCAUCCCAUUCUUUAUCCUCUUCUUUCAUGGAAUUGUUAUCGUUAAUUAAAACUUUUUUAAGCAUUGGCUUGUUUCAAUCAUACUGUAAAUUUUGGUUGUAGUCAGCUUUGAGUGCAAUGAGAUGUAUAAUUCUGUUAUCAUUACCUGUUGAGUUUGAAACUCAGUUGGGAAUAUUUAAUAUAAUAGAAUGUAAGUGACAUUUCUGAAAAUGCUUUCUUUCAGGAUGAAAGCUCUUAUGUUUAGCAUCAGUGUGUAUGGCUCUGUUAAAUACAGCCAUUUCUGAGACAAGAUUCUUUUAUAUAUAUAUACAUAUAAAGUACUAUUGGCUUUUAGGAGUUUCUUUUAUAUACAUUUAUGAAAUACUGAAGACCAAUCAGACCAUUAAUGGACACUUAGUGUAACUUUUUAUAAAGAAAAUAAUGCUAAAGUAAGACCAAAACUGAUGUCAUCACUGAAAUUAACAAUUUUCAAUAUGUUCAUAUUUUAAUUCACAAUGGAAAAAUGUGUUCCAAAACUGGAAACUCAUAGUACUCGUGUAAACUGUGGAAGAUUUUAAAUGUGAUGUUAUUUUGACAAUGUUUUAAAUUUUUGAGUCACAUUCUGAUCAGAAUUUUUAUCGAGAUGUUGAGCUUUUGUUUUUGAAACUAGUUUGUCAUAACAUUGUGCAUAAUCACAGUAUUUAUUUUCUAGGACAAUUGUGAAUGUGUAGACUUAUGUUUACUGCUAAGGGAACAAUUAUUUAUAAAAUAAUAUUAAAUCCAGUAUUAGCUGCCUAUUUCAGACACUUAAUACUUGCAGAGAUCUAUGUUACAUUUACCACACUGAAGUUUUUUUUGUUGUUUUUUGUUUGUUUUUAAAGAAUCACCCUCAUUGUUGAAAGUAAAUGUACUCUUAGGGUGCGAAUAUUAGUGUUCCAAUAAGCAUGUGAUUAUAUUAAGGUGGUGGUAGCGGGAAGAUAAUCUUGAUUCCAUUGGGAAUCUUAGGUUUUCGUAAAUUUAUUGGGAAAAUAGUUUUUCCUGUACUGCUGAAGUUUCUUUUUGGUAAACAGUAUCUUUCUAAAAGAAAAGCAUGAAGGAGAAAUUGAGGUGUGUAUACAUUUCCUCAAAUGACCAGCAUUGUAUUCGUGAAUACUGUGUAUCUUGCAGUGAACAGUGGAAGCUGUUCAUUUUUCAAUCUGAAGUAAAAUACUUUCAA